CAACGUUAUUUAUAGAACGGCCUACAUGCAGUGGCUCGGUAUAUUUGCACGAUGUAAUCCAGACUUACAAUUUCAAUUAUUUAAGCUAUGAGAGUAGAACAUUCAGAGUUGCUGUGUUAACAAGGAAUUGUCUGAAACUUCCAACGAUUCCUGACAUCUGAAAGGAGGUUAGCUCCCAGCAAGUUUAAGAACAUCGUCGUGGGUGUGCUUUCCUAUAAGUCAUGAUUGCGUAUUUACUGAAACGGAACGGGUUAUCAUUGAUAGUGGCCUUUGCAUUGAUUGCUGUAGCACUUGUCCUGAUGAGGCCACAAUACCUCCUUCCAUGGAAGACAUUAGGGACGCUGGAAGAAGAUAUAACACCAAAUAGAAAACCUACAUAUGAGCUUAACAUUAGUGACAUUAGUAAGAUACAAACAGAAUUAUUAAUUGCUUCUGUUCAUAUAGACAAAGGUUACUCUAAAGAAACAGCAAUCAUAAAUGGUGGCAUUAAGAAAACUUAUGUUACACAUAUGCUGGAGUUCGCUUCAAUAACGAUACCAUCGAAACUGUCAUCUUUAGUGAGAAUAUUCGAUAGCAAGAAAAUGUCUUUAAAUAUAUCAGUGGCUGAAAACAAAUGUGUGAACUUAAGGAUUCGAUCUGAUCUUCAGUCGCCCAUUUGUGUGUAUGAUAAAGAAAGUGAUAAUUAUAUAUCAGGGUCUUUGCUGUCUAGUGGAACAUGGGAGGGUGCUCAGAUGGCAAUGGUUGUUAGGUUACUGCAGGCACAUAGUGAGGUAGAUGUUUUAGACCUCGGUUGUAAUAUCGGUGUUUACACAAUACUGGCCGCCAAAAUGAACCAUCGGGUCGUUUCUGUUGAUCCGUCGAGGAAGAAUUUAAUGCUUCUUUCACGAUCACUAAAACUUGGUCAAAUUGAUUCGAAAGUGACAUUGCUGUGGAACGCUGUCGGCGACAGGGUGCAGAAUGUCACUCUUCAUGAUUACAAAGGAAACAUUGGAGGUACUUUCGUUAAGGCUGAAAGUGUAAAAGACGACGAGAACAAGAUUGACGAAUCGCAUCGAGCCGUCGCCGUGACACUAGAUCACCUGAUACCUCUGUUCUCAAACAAGCCAAUGUUUAUAAAGAUUGAUAUCGAAACAUACGAGUGGAAUGCAUUGAAAGGAGGCGAACGCUUUUUCAAAUCAACAAAUGUAAGAUUCGUUUUCAUGGAGUGGGUCGCUCACAGAAAUAAACAAAGCGCUAAUGACAUUAUAAAUUUCAUGUACAAAUUUCAUCUAGUGCCUCAUCAGAACGAAAACAUAGGGUCACGAUUACAGCUGAAAUCAAAUGCCACUUGGCCAGGCGAAAUAAUGUGGAUGAAAAUUGUGGAAUAAAGUUUUUACAUCUAACCACCAUACAGAUUUGUAAUACUGUUCAUACAGUAAUAUUGGAGAUUUGUAUUGUAUUGGUCUGAAUUCGUAGAAUAGCAAGCGAGAAUGUAAAUACAACUGCCCGGUGGGACAAAGGAAAAAUUAACUGGACGAAGAAAAAUAGCAGUUUAAAUCAUUCAGCAUAAAUACUAGUAUCCUGACAAGCAAUGCUUAUUUUCCCCUUGUAAAACUGCUGAAUCUGUUUUAAUUAUGUUACUUGUUUAAACUUGUAUUUACCAUAUCUAAUAGAUUAGUUGAGCCAAGUUACUCAUGGUUACUGACACGACGUGUGUAAUAAUGCAGUCGUCAACAGUUGAUUGUUUUAUUUACUUGUUUAAAUUUAUAUGACGUUGGUAAUACUACAACUGUAAACAGUUGAUUGCGUUAUUUACGCAUAUUUACUGAUAAAACGUAUGUUGUACUGCAGCUUUAGCCGAUUAAUAAUAAAAUAAAUGGUCGUGUUUGACACGUUAAAUUCUACAUUCACUGUGGCUCUUCUUGACAAAAACUAGAUAAAAUAAACAUAAACAUUGUUUGUGGUAUUCACUCAAGCAUGUUUGAACGAAGAAGAUAUGUUUAACAUCGUAUUAUGAGUGGUAAGACAAUACUUUUUACACGAUUGCCUCGGCAAAGAUAAUCAAAGCGCUGAAGUUGUUCGCUGUUGUCGUCCUUGAUAAGCUUGUGCACAUUGCACAAGCUAAUCAGUGUACACAGGCUAAUCUUAUUUGACGUGCAUUAAGCCCUGUUUUCCAUGAAAGCAGCCAAUAUGUACAGAUUUCAAUGAUAAACACUAAACUGGCCAAUGUCGGUCUUACAAGCUACAAGCUGGUAUAUACACUCCCUGCUAGAGCAGAAUCAUGUGUCGUCUGCUACAGACAGGCAGCGGUAAUCAGUAAAUUUUUGAUAUCUUAAUAAGAUUAGAUUUUGGUAAAGGGCAGGAAAACCACACAUAAUGUUAUAUGUUAAUUGAUUGAUUGUAUAAGUGUGAUCUGUAUGAAUGUACAAUUAUGUAUUCACGAGAUAUUGUUUGUAUCAUGACCCAUACGACUUUUUGUUUAAUCAUGUAUUUUAUAUAAUGCAUGCGUCUGAUUGAAUGUUGUGUUAUGUCUAGGUAACUUUGUUAUUUGCAGAUAACCGUCUUAACGUCUUCGAGUCUUAACGUCUUAACAUCUUCGUCUUCUGCACGUCAAUUAACAUCUGUUGGCGUCAAUCAAUAAAGUGAAGAAUUUUAUUAUACAAGA